UCAAGCCUCCCUCCCAUCAACACCACACCACACAGCAGCAUUUCAUAUGCAGUAGCCGUCUUCUCCUCCUCCUCCUCCUCCUGCCUUCCAGCUAGCUCACUAUCGCAUCAUCCACACCACACCUACUACUCAUACCGAUUCCGUUCCCACCCGCUCGCCAUCGCCAUGCCAAUGGGCAGCAGCAGCAGCAGCGCCGCCAUGCCGGCCCUCCCUCCCGGCUUCCGGUUCCACCCCACCGACGAGGAGCUCAUCGUCCACUACCUCGGCAGGCAGGCCGCGUCCAUGCCCAGCCCCGUGCCCAUCAUCGCCGAGGUCAACAUCUACAAGUGCAACCCAUGGGACCUCCCCGGCAAGGCCUUGUUUGGGGAGAACGAGUGGUACUUCUUCAGCCCCCGGGAUCGCAAGUACCCCAACGGCGCGCGCCCGAACCGCGCCGCCGGGUCCGGCUACUGGAAGGCCACCGGCACCGACAAGGCCAUCCUCUCCACGCCGGCCAACGAGAGCAUCGGGGUCAAGAAGGCGCUCGUCUUCUACAGGGGCAAGCCACCCAAGGGCGUCAAGACCGACUGGAUCAUGCACGAGUACCGCCUCACCGCCGCCGACAACCGGGCCACCAAGCGCAGAGGAUCCUCCAUGAGGCUGGAUGACUGGGUGCUGUGUAGGAUCCACAAGAAGUGCGGCAACUUGCCCAACUUCUCCUCUGACCAGGAACAGGAGCACGAGCAGGAGAGCUCGACCGUGGAGGACUCGCAUAACAACCACACCGUGUCGUCGCCCAAGUCCGAGGCCUUCGACGGCGACGGCGACGGCGACGACCAGCUCCAGCUGCAGCAGUUCCGCCCCAUGGCGAUCGCCAAGUCGUGCUCCCUCACUGACCUGCUCAACACCGUCGACUACGCCGCGCUCUCGCACCUCCUCCUCGACGGCAGCGCCGGCGCCGGCGCCUCGUCGUCGGACGCCGGGCUAGACUACCAGCUGCCGCCUGAAAACCCACUCAUCUACUCCCAGCCUCCAUGGCAACAAACGCUACACUAUAACAACAACAACAACGGCUACGUGAACCACGACACCAUCGACGUGCCUCAGCUAACCGAGGCCCGCCUGGAUGACUACGGCAUGAAGAGGAAGAGAUCCAGCGGCAGCUUGUACUGCAGCCAGCUGCAGGUCCCAGCGGAUCAGUACAGCGGCAUGCUCAUCCAUCCCUUCCUCAGCCAGCAGCUUCACAUGUGAAUAUGUGAUGUGAACCAGAGAGCUUGGAUCGAAGAGAUCAUCAUAUACACUUCCAUUUGAACUCGCUGUAGAUCGACCGAGGAGAUCGCCCGCUAGCUGUGGCAGAUAGGCAGGGAUCUAGCUUGCUUGCUGUUUCUUGAACUCCAAACCGAUAAGAAGGGACAAAUUUCAGAAUUCUUGGUGUACCACAAAGCUGUAAAUUACGGGGUUUAUUGUGAAAUAAAUUAAUCAAGUAUUAUUA